UUGACCGACGUGCUCGCUUAUAUCUUCUCAUCAUAUUCGGGGGCAUCAUGUUCCCGAACACGUCGGGUGCGGAUAUGAGCAUUAGGUAUCUACUCUUUAUUGAGGAUCUAGACUAGCUGGGAUGUUACAGUUGGGGCGUUGCUGACCUGGCUUACAUGUACAGAGGAUUUGAUCAAGCCCCUAUGGGCGAGAGGCUUGAGGUCGCUGCAUUUAGGCCUCUUCUUUAGGUAAUAUAUUUAAGUGUGUGUAAUAAAACGCUAAAUUUUUUUUUUCGAAACGACGAUUGAUAAAUAAUUUUUUUGAUGACUAUGACAGAUAUGGGUGUGGACUAGGUUGAGACCUUUUCAGCCCAUAGCUGCUCACCCUCCCGAUGACUAUGUUGCUGAGGAUAUGCCAUACGCGCGGAGAUGGUCGCGAGGCCGUACCAGAGGUGUGGAGACGCACCAUGUCAUUCUCCCGUUUAGGGAUCAGUUAGACCGCAUGACGGCGCCCGAGGUUUUCAUAUGGACGCCGUAUGAUCAGAUUUUGGGUCUGCUGCCGGCGUUUUGUAGGGUUGGUGAGCACAUGUGGAUGGCACGGUGUCCAUUGAUCCAUAUGGACAUCGUUGAGCAUCACGCGCCAGACCGCGUGUUACGGCAGUUUGGGCAUGUACAGAACAUACCCGCGGCUACGCGUUAGGAGCACUCCCACUAUACCAGGGACGAGCGUUCGAUCGACAAUGCGGCAUGGCGGGAGCGUAUGCACCAGGAAGUCGAUGCAUGGAACGCGAGGAUAACAACUCUAGCGG